AUGCAGUCACCAGAUCCUCGCAAGAAGCCACAGGCCCGUCUCUGGACCGACGCUGAGAAACUACGCCUGGUAGAGCUGCGAACGGUAGAGAAAGACGUACCGUGGGCAGCCUUUCAGAAGAAAUACUUUCCGGAUCGAAGCCUUGCUGCAGUUCAAGGGGCUUAUUCUCCCGCUGCAGGUAAUCAAGGCCCGACUCCCAGCAAGGGUAGAAAGCGUUCCGUGACUAGCUCAGGAACACCUGAGAGCUUUGCUGAACCAAAAAAGACGAAGACAAUCUGUGGCUUUGAUGAUGACUCAGAAGACGAACCCUCCAACCAGCUGUUUGUGGAAGAGAACACAUUCGUGAAGGCGCAAGCUGCUGAAAUAUGUGAUACUCGAAAGGCUUCAGAAACUGUCACUGUCGAUGUGGCGAAGGUCGAUAAGCCCUCUUGCAACAUCACUGAGCUACCAGAAGGAAUACAGUUCUUUGAGAAAAUCAUCAAUGAGUACAAGUCAUUGCAGCAAGCCCUGGUACAGAUGGAGAGCAAGCUGAAGGAGAGCGAGGAUGAGCUGAAAAGUCUGAAAAUGAGCACCAUGACUGAUAAAUGUCAGUUCGAGGUGGCCAAAGCCGACUUGCAAGAUGAGAUGGAUCUCCUCAAGGCUGAACUCCUCCAGAUAAAGUCCGAGAAGGACGAGAUGUAG